UUCACAUCCAAAUCUCAUCUAUGGAAGUGGCUCACACAUUCGUUCUGCUUUUGUCGUUUUCACUGAGUUCACAAAUAACAGCAUGUCACAAUCACCGUCAGCAUUGAGCCUCCACUACAUGUCGGAUGAGAGCAUUGAUGGCCUUGAGCUCGAUGCCUACAACUGUGAGGAUGAGAGCGAACGCAAAACUCAAGGCACAAUCCGGGUGCUCAAAGAAUUCCUUCAGUCCAACGACACCAUCGCCGAGCUAAAGGCAUGCAAGGCCCUUUAUGACAUGAUGCCGGAAGCCGGGACCCAAGAAUCCUGGUAUGAAGGAGUUCUUAGCAGCCUAGUUCUGGCCACUGCAGAGCAAAUCCCACAUGAUAAUAGAGCACAGAACAAGCUCGUAAGACUCGUGGGAGAGCUCGCGAGAUGUGACAGAUUCAAUGUGUUACGGAAUAGACGCUGGUAUACGCACCCUCAAGGGGUGGGCCAGCUCAGCCUUGUCUACUCAAAUUACGUUCACUUACGCGUAUAUGCGAGAACUUGGUGCGAGCUAUUCAAUGGAGUAGGGCCCCAGCAGUACGACAGCAAAUAUGUCAAUUUAUGCGCCUUUCAGGCUCGGCUAUCCACCGCGGGGAUCAUGGAUAAUACAUCAGAUAUGCUAUGGACCAUGAGGGAUGUCUUAGAGCAGCCAAAAGUUGCGGGGACCCCUGAGGACCUUAGUAUCCAGAUUAAGAUGGCCGCGGUUUGGAUAUUACACGGUGGGCAACUAUUUUACAACAACAUUGUAAUCGACCCGGAACCUACCACAGCCCGAUCAUCCCAGGCAUACCAAUCAUACGAACUCUAUUCCGGUCCCAUCUUCGGACUGGAGCGUUGGGGCUUCUGGCAGGCAAGACUGUCUGAGCUCUCCAACCAUUCUGAUAUCAGCGAGGAAGCGUGUGAUUUAGGAACCCGGGCAGCCGACCUUAUGGCAAGUCUUGCGCGUACAGUCAGAUAAGAUACUGAGAUCCCUGGACGGAGUUCCUGCUGUGACUGCUGCUGUAUUUACUCGUUUUUCUGCGAUAUUCCUUCUG